AUGGCCACUGACAACAAGCCCCUCACCAAACGGUCCGUAGUCUCCUCCUUCAUCUUCAAGUACGACAACGGGAAACCACUCGUCGCCCUCUUCCGCCGAAGCGACAAGGUCAACACAUACCAACACCACCUAGCCCCCAUCUCAGGCAGCAUCGACAAAGAAGACGCCACCCCCCUCGCAGCAGCCUGGCGCGAGCUCCACGAGGAGACAACCCUGACCCCCUCAUCCCUAGCCCUGCUGCGGCAGGGCAAGCCCUUCUUCUUCGCCGACUUGUCCGCCGGCCGGGAGUGGACCGUGCACCCAUUCGCGUUCCUGCUCCUGGCCGGCGAGGACGCGAUCCACACCGACUGGGAGCACGAGGGGUGGGGGUGGCACGACCCGCUCGAGGUCGAGGACUCGGACCAGUUUGGGGGCGUGCCGAGGCUGGCGGAGAGUCUGCGGCGGGUGUGGGUUGAGAGGGACCUCGGUGGGGAUGCGGGCGGGGUGCUUGCGGCUGGGUUGGAGAGGUUGAGGGGCGAUUAUCAGAGUGGUGCGAGGGAGCUUGCUGGUGAUGCGCUGCGGAUCCUUCGCGAUGUUAUUGCCAAGUUGGAUACGCGUGGGACGUCGGAGGCCUGGUGGGCGAGGGUCAGGUUUGCGGCGUGGCACGUCUGGAAGAACGGGAGAGAGAGCAUGGGAGCUGCAAUUAUGAGCGUCCUGCUCUCAGCUCUGCGCAGCAUCGAGGACACCCUGAAAGAGCACGGGAUACGACCUGAUUCGGAGGUGUCGACGGCGUGCAAGGACACCGUUCUAGAAGCCCUCGGGCGUCAGAUCGCGGCGCGAGAGAAGGCUUCGUCGAGGCUGGUAUCGCAAGCGCUGGCUGCAUACCUAGAAGCUAACUUCUCGUCGAGGUUGGCAUCGCAGGAGCCGAUAUCCAUACUCACGCUGUCGGAGAGCUCCACCAUCUCACACAGCCUCCGGCACCUGGUGGUGGAAUCCGGCUUCUCCCUGGACCUGCGAGUCCUGGAAUCCCGACCGCUCUUCGAAGGCGUCUCGCUGGCCGGAUCCUUCGCCGACGACCUCGUCUCCGCUCGCGCGUCUCUCCAGGGGCAGGGCGGGGCCGAGCGAACCCGCAAAGUCAGCAUCACCCUAUAUUCAGAUGCCGCGGCCGUCCUGGCGUCUCGGGGGGUGGACGUCGUGCUGAUCGGGGCCGACCGGAUCGCAUCGACGGGGGCGGUCAGCAACAAGACGGGCUCGCUGCCUGCUAUACUCAGCGCGAGACACGUAACGGGCGGGAGGGGUGCUCCCGCCAAGGUCAUCGUGCUCGGGGAGUCGGAUAAGGUUGCGCCACCGGGAAGUCCCGAGGAACAUGUCGUUGAGGAGAACGAUCCGGCCCAGCUCGUGCGGGCUUGGAAUGCCGACUACAAUAGCUCGCGGGUGAGAAAGGGGGCGCAGGUGAUCGCCAAAUUACUCAAGGAACGGGAAACCCGCACGGAGACGGAGACGGAGAACCCCGAAGAGGGUGGCCCCGACAGCUCCGAUGGGGUUGAGGUGGCUGUCCGCAAUAUCUUUUUUGAGUGGUGCCCGGGCGAACUUAUUGAUAUCUACAUGACCGAGUUUGGACAGUGGACAGCCAAGGACAUAGCAGCUCACUCCGAACACCUGGGUGCCGAACAGGAGCGGCUGUUCUCUGACUUAUAA